AUGGCCUCGGUUUCUGUGGUUAGGAAUUGUCUUGAUCAAUUUCGGGUUCCUUCAUGUUUAUCACCGAACCCUGAUAAGAGUAUUAUGUUCUUGUGUUGUGUUGCUCCAGAUACAAAAAUGCAGCUUCUCGGUGUUCUCGGGUACAGGGAAGGAAAACUAUUGGUUAGGUAUCUUGGUGUUCCUCUUAUUACUUCAAAGCUUUCUUAUGCGGAUAGACUUCAACUUCUCAAUUCCAUCCUCUUCGCUAUUCAGGUGUAUUUGUCUUGUCUCUUUAUUCCUCCUAAGGUUGUUAUGGAGAAAAUAACCUCUUUACUAAGGUCUUUCCUAUGGAAGGGUAUUGAUCUUUCUUAUGGUAAUGCAAAAGUUGCUUGGGAUACUAUCUAUUGGCCUAAAAAGGAGGGGGUUUGGGUGUCAAAAAUCUUGAAGUAUGAAACCGGGCACUGGAGAAAGAUUCUCGGUCUGCAUGGUGUGGUUCCGAAAUUUAUCUACUUUCGUGUUGAAGAUGGGCAUUCUUUCUCUCUAUGGUUUGAUAAUUGGCAUCUGUUGGGCCCCUUGGUGGAGUUCUUUGGGGAUAGGAUUAUUAUUGAUUCUGGCUUAGGAAGGGAUGCGCGUCUGAGUUUUACUAUUGCUGGUUAG